AUGCCGCUAAGCCAAGGCCGGGCCGGGCCCAUAGAGGAGCCAGAGCCCACCGCAGCCCCGAGGCCUGUCCACAGACAGACCCACCGCAGCCCCGAGGCCUGUCCACAGACAGACCCACCGCGGCCCCGAGGCCUCUCCACAGACAGACCCACCGCGGCCCCGAGGCCUCUCCACAGACCCACCGCGGCCCCGAGGCCUGUCCACAGACAGACCCACCGCGGCCCCGAGGCCUCUCCACGGACCCACCGCGGCCCCGAGGCCUCUCCACGGACCCACCGCGGCCCCGAGGCCUCUCCACGGACCCCGCCGUCCACCCGCGCCGGGCAGGGGCGGAGGCGCCGGCCGGCGAGGUCUCCUUCUCCUCAGACGGCGGCGGGAGCCCAGUCUGGGCACAGCUUGGGAGCCGAAGCCAAACGGGGCCCGGCACGCGUGAGGCCCGGGUUCAACGCCGAGAACCGCGCGCGCGCGCACCUGACACGCGGUCCCGCGCUGCUCCCCCCGGGCCGCCGAGCUCCGGGCCGCCGAGCUCCGGGCCGCCGAGCUCCGGGCCGCCGGCGCAGGGCGCCGAGCUCCGGGCCGCCGGCGGAGGGCGCUGAGCUCCGGGCCGCCGAGCUCCGGGCCGCCGGCGGAGGGCGCCGAGCUCCGGGCCGCCGGCGGAGGGCGCUGAGCUCCGGGCCGCCGAGCUCCGGGCCGCCGGCGGAGGGCGCCGAGCUCCGGGCCGCCGGCGGAGGGCGCCGAGCUCCGGGCCGCCGGCGGAGGGCGCCGAGCUCCGGGCCGCCGGCGGAGGGCGCCGAGCUCCCGCCCCCCGGGCCCCGGGCCGCUUUACGGCCGUGCGCCGCUUUCCGGCAGCGUGGCGGAAGAGCCCCGUCGUUUAGCGCCAUUGUUUAG